AUGGAUGAGAAAGCUGAUACCUUUCUCUCUGUUUCAUCAAACCCUUAUUCAUCUUAUUAUCCAACAGACGACAACUUUGACCUGAACAACACGUCGUUCCGUCAUCCCACCUUACUUCUCUUUUUCUGUCUCCUCUCCGCCAUCUUGUUCGUCUUUAUUUUGCUUCACCUUCUCAUCAGAUUAAUACUCAGACCCACAACAGAGCUUGACGACGCCUACGAUGAAGAGAAUGCUACUGUUCUACACGGUCGGCUACAGACAUUUCUCAAUAUCCGUAGCUCAGGAGUUGACCAAUCCUUCAUCGAUGCAUUGCCCUUGUUUCAUUACAAGACCAUAAUUGGUCUUCGCCACGACGUCCCCUUUGAUUGUCCUGUCUGUCUCUCCGAAUUCAAACCGGAAGACGAGCUCCGGCUCUUACCGAAAUGCAGCCAUGCAUUUCACGUGGACUGCAUCGACAGGUGGCUCCUCACAAACUCGACAUGUCCUCUCUGCAGAGACGAUCUCCUCCUCGGCCUUACCGCUUCUUUCUCCCCUGAUGUUCUUCUGGUUGAGUCUAUUGGUGAAAGUUUCCAAGACUCUGGUUCGCAUCUCGGUUCGACCCGUUUCGAUGAUAUCCGGACGAUAUCAGGUGAAAUCUCGGAUCAAAACGAUGAAUCCAAGCCAGAGAAUGAUGAAAAAGUUGUUCUUGUUAAGCUAGGAAAGUUCAAGAACAUUGAUACAAAUAAAACAGAGGACAACAACAAUGGUGGCAUAAGAAGAUGGUUUUCAAUGGGAGAUAUUGAGUAUGUAAUGCCUGAAGACACUUUCUUGCAAAUUCAUGUAGCAAUGAAAAAGAAGCAGCCUGUUUUGUCUCAAGGUCCAAUAAAAUCGGUAUUCAUCGAAAGGGCAAAUCAUAAUCGAAAGGAGAAUUUUUCCAUACCUAAGAAGACUUGGCGAACAAGUUUCAAUGAGAUCAGGGGUUUGGCGGGAAGAAGGGCCUACUCUUUUAGGUUUCCGGCGAAGCUGAGUGGCUCUGGUGAUGUUGGCAUGGGUUUGGCGGGAAGAAGGGCCUACUCUUUUAGGUUUCCGGCGAAGCUGAGCGGCUCUGGUGAUGUUGGCAUGGCGAAGGAUGAUAAUUAUUUGGCGACAUCGGAUACUAAUAGUCAUUCUUUUACGAGAAGUAAUGUGUUUUGGUCUUUCUGGGGGCAAGAAAAAGUUUCGAACUCUUCUUUCUUUGCGAGUGAUUGUGUGUCCGGAGUGCAAGAAGUGAUGAAGAUGGAGAAGUGCAAGAAGGUCAAGCACCAAAGUCGCAAAGGAAGAAAGGAAAAACUGAAGUGUCGAGAAACUUGCAUGAGAAGAAACCUCGGCAUUCUUCGUAGGAUUGUACCAGGUUGUGAAGUGGUGGACGACGAGGAAGCCUUGAUCCUCAAGUCAAUUCAACAUCUCAUGCUUCUCAAAUCUCAGGUUACUUUUCUUAGAAAGCUAGCUGAUGUAUGUGGUGUCUAA